AGUGUGGCUUCGGGUGUUGAGCGUGCUGGUGGGUUUUUCUUUUGUUUUCUGGAAGUUCAACUCUUCCGCGUUUGUUAUCGUUCGUGCUGCUUUGCUAUUUUCACCGUCACGAUGACCAGUAUACGCUGAUAGUGAGUUUUUUUUUCGUCGUAUGGUUCAUCGGUGGAGUAAAUAGAUCACCAUGGACUUCCUCAAACGCUGUUUCAUCAAGCGCCCUUCGCCAGAAGACUUAGCUGAUGGCCUGGAAACAGCAUCCGAAUACACCGCUCGGUGGAAUUCGAUUAGAAUUAUAUACUACACAAUGUUUUUGAUGUCACUCGGAUUUAGCAUUAUUUUGACAGGCGUGUGCCCCUAUCUGGAUAAGUUAGACCCGCAUGCUGGAAAAGAAUUUAUGGGCUGGAUUGUCGGUGCCAAUCCGGUUGGACAAAUGAUAUUUAGUCCUCUGAUAGGACUGUGGAGUAAUAAACUAAGCUCAAUUAGACUACCACUAUUGUGUUCAUUAGCGCUGUUUUCGAUUGCCAGUGGAAUCUAUUCAACACUAGAACUUUUCACGUCUCAUCAUAAGUAUUGGAUGUUGUAUUCCCGAUUUCUAAUCGGCGUAAGCUCUUCCAGCAUUGCUGUUUGCCGGUCGUAUCUAUCUGCUGCCACCAAACUGAAAGAGCGAACAGCUGCGGUGUCUAUGGUGUCAUUGGCACAAACAUUGGGAUUCAUUGUAGGACCGGCAUUGCAAGGAGUCGUAACUCCACUAGGAGAUCGUGGCUUUUCAUUGUUUGGUAGUGCACUGUAUUUAAAUAUGUACACGGCUACCGGGUGGAUAAACGUGAUGAUGGGGAUUAUGAAUUUCUGCCUGUUUCUUCCGUUUAUAUUUGAGGAGAAAAGAAUUGCUGCUAGGGAAGCUAUGAUUCAACAAGGAAUGGAAACGGAGAAGGAAACUUGGAAAGCCAUGAAGCCAGACUAUGUAUCAGCUUGGUCGUUGAUUUUUGCUUUCUUCAUUCUUGUUUUUAAUUUCGUGUUUCUUGAAACACUAGCUACUCCACUCACCAUGGACAUGUUUGCGUGGACCAAGGCAGAAGCUUUGUAUUAUAUGGCUUGGGUAAUGGCCAUUGGUGCGAUCGUUGCCAGCGUAACUUUUGUCCUGAUAGGGCCAUUGUGUAAAAAGUUUCCCGAACAGAACGUUCUGCUCUGGGGUGGAUUUUUUCUAAUGGUGUUGGGACGCGCCGUUUAUAUACCGAUGGGAGACAACCCACCGAAGUUGGCCAUUCCGGACAAUGAAACUCUUGUUUUGCAGCAACAAGCAGAUAUGAAUGUUUAUGGUUCUAAUUUCUCGGAAGUAUUUUCCAACUUGACAAAACUUGAUUUCGGCGAUAACUCCUCAGUUGGUAGACCGCACGAGCCAACCGAAUUAUUAGGCUGUCCCCCAUCACAAGAGUGGUGCAAAACCACCAAAGGAAUGACAAUCACCCAAUUUUUAAUUGGAUACGCUUUCACGGCGAUUGGUUAUCCGAUAGGAGUGACACUUAUUACGACCAUUUUUUCUAAAGUUCUUGGGCCGCGACCGCAAGGCACGUGGAUGGGUUUGAUGACUGGCUCCGGGUGUCUCUCCCGAGCAAUGGGACCAGUUUUUCUGUCUACGAUUUAUACAAAACUUGGACUGUACUGGACAUUUGGUUCAACUGCAAUGAUGAUGGCUGGCACAAUGCUAUGGCUUUGGUUUGUGCGGAAAAGAUUGACUCCAAUAAGCAGCGAAAAUCCUCUGGCAGGCCGGGAGUUGCAGACAAUGAAUAGGAAGGAAAACGUCGGAAAGGUAGAACCUAGCGAAGUAGAGAAACUAAACAUUAACGGAUCCUACAAAGAUCAGAAACAGCCCGCUUUCGACAAUCCCAGUUGAGUCUGACUCGAUUCGACAAUUUUUCACCUUAUUCUAAAGUGAUGUUUUAGAAGCUUUUACGAACUGCGUGUUGGGUAGUGUUGAUAUUGACAUAAAUACAUGUUGUAUGUACGAAAAUGUGAUACUGAUACGAGUAAAGUCUGAAAAGUUACAUUUUAGGUAAAUUUUUCUUUCUUUAGAAAUUCGUACAAUUACAGACGAUUUCAUGCCAAAAGAAUUUAUAUACUUCAUCUAUCGUAGCAUAGUUAGCGAGUUGAUUACCCUAAUGAGAAUUCAAAAUAAAUAUGUGUAGGUUGCAUAA